UUUUCUGACGGUGGAGCCAGCAUCGCAGGGUUGAAUCAGAGAUGUUAUGUAUGACUCCUAAAGUCACUGUUAUGAGACAGUCACCUGGUAAUGUAGACGUCUAUUAAAGUCCCAUAUUCCUGCUUUUAACUAAACCAACAGCACUUUAGCACGAGGAGCUAACGGUUACGUCAGUUCCGGUUCACUUUGGCUGAAGAGCGAGUGAGUUGAGUUCCUUUUAGGUGACAACCUGGCUUGGGUUGGUUGCAGGUGAGCCGACUUGGUCCACACAACGUGACUUAACAUGGUUUACAGCAAAGAUACCGAAUCUGAGCCCGGAAUCUACGGUUACUCCCGAGCAGCCUUCACCGCGCUGACCCACUCAGUCUGCAUUGUCUUCACUGUGUUCAUUGCGAUUCUGUCUCGACCGGGUUCGAGUUUGUUUUCCUGGCAUCCUUUCUUUAUGACACUGUCGUUCUCCUUCUUCAUGACAGAAGCCAUACUCCUUUUCUCCCCCCAUGGUUCGCUCAUCAGAAAGUUUACCCACAAGACAAAAGGUCGUGUUCACUGGAUCCUGCAGUGCCUCUGUGUGUCUUGUGCGCUCCUGGGUUUGGCAGCCAUCUCUUUGAACAAACACCUGAAUGGUAAACCCCACUUCACCUCGUGGCACGGUCUGCUGGGCCUGCUCACAGUGUGUGUGGUGGUUUUGCAGUCUUUGGCAGGACUGCCUCUCAUCUACCACUCUCUGGCCAAAGGCUGGUCGCUGGCCAAGCUCAAACGCUACCACGCAGCGACUGGACUGGUCACAUACCUGCUCGGCACAGUCAGCCUGCUCCUCGGCCUCAGCUCUGCCUGGUUCACUGCAUCUGUCAGGGAAUACACCUGGUACCUGUCAGCUCUCUGCCCUGCUCUCGGUGGCCUCGUCAUCAUGAACCAAGUCACCAGUGCGUACACGGCUAAGAAACGGUUGCAGUCGUGACAGAAGACGAAAUAUCGACACUCACUGAAUUCUUAAUCAAGGUUUGCCUAAGAGAUUAAAUUCUUUACUUACAGCUUAUUUCAACUUCUAAGGGGGGACAUGCCAGAGAAGGUUUGAGAACCGCUAGGAUAAUAACUUUCUUGCUUGCCUUUUUUUAGUGCAUGUACACCGUAUGUACACUGGAUGGGGCAGUGCGGUGGUUAACACUGUCGCAUCACAGCAAGAGUCCAGGUCUGGGUCCUUCUGUGCGGAGUUUGCAUGUUCUCCCUGAACCCGCUACUUUAUAUUGACUGGCUACUCUAUAUUGACCCUAGGUGUGAGUGUGUAAGUGUGUGUGAGUGAGCCCUGGGAUUGACUGGCGACCAGUCCAGGGUGAACCCCGCCUUUCGCUGACUGUUGGCUGGCUCCAGAUGGAUGGAUGGAUGGAUGGAUAUACACGAGACUGUAGUUACCAUGAGGACACUGAGGUUGUGUCACCUCUGUUUCAUUUAUGUUGUGUUUCUUUGAACAGCUUCUGAUAGUUGUAGUCACCGAAGAGCUUAAAAUGUGACUGAUUUUAGACCAUAUAAAUAAAUAAACAAACAAAUUUUCUAUCAAGAUUGCAAACUGUGUAGCGGGAAGUUACUGUUUUCUUAACUGUAUUAAACAUGAAAAAGGUUGAUUUGGGGUCUAAACAAAUAUUCCUGUUUGAGGAUUGUUUUUCAUGACCUCAGUACUCCUAAAAUGUUGGCAGCAUCCCUGAAUAUAUAAAUUUGUUUAAUGUUUGCAUCUCAGGUUACUUAAUAUCCUGCUGUUUGACUUUUAAUGCUGCUGUGGAUUGCUUAUUUUUCUACAUUUGAAUAAAUAACAUUAAAAAGUCAUACGUUGUAUGAUAUGUUGUAAAUUAAAAGGCAUUUGUAAAUGA